UCAACCCGGUUGUUCAAUGGAAUCGCAUCGAACAGAAACAAAUCCCUUCGGCGUUCCGCGGUUUACAUGAAACCGCACUCUUUCAGUUGUUAGGUCGUGGUCGCGUCUCGGACGCUCAAGAGGUCGAAUCGAAAUCAAUUAACUCGUCAUCCGCCCGUCAAACCUUAUCAUCGCGCACCAUUCAUUCCCGCGCCGCGCUUAUAAAGAACAGAACAUCGCGCUGAAGCUCCCGUAUUUCACGGCUCAACAGCAUCGCUGACAGGUCCGAAAAAAAAGUUGACAUCGUUAUCAUUCUGCUGUGUGUGUUCCAAAAUUAUCGCCGCCGUGCCGCGUCGUGUGAAUUCUUCAAUCAUUCAACUUCUAUGCUAACGUCCCAUCUACGGUCGAGAAUAAUGUCGCUCCGGUUCUGCGCCAAUCUGAACUUCAUGUUCACCGAAACCGAUGACUUUCUGGAGCGCUACCGGUUGGCCAAGGCAGCCGGUUUCAGUGCCGUGGAGGGCGCGUUCCCACCGGACCACGUCUCGGUGGCCGAUUUGGUGAAAGUGCGCGAGGAAACCGGUCUGGAGCAGAUACUGAUGAACAUUGCGCUCGGUAAUGCCCCGGAAGGUCAAUGUGGAUGUGCUGCCAUUCCCGGGCAGGAGGCCAAUUUCAGGAAGAACCUUGAGAAAACGGUGGAUUGCGCCAAAGCGUUGAAUUGCAAGAAAAUACACCUCAUGGCGGGGAAGGUAAAUGGUCCCACCACCGCCCAGCACGAUGUUACGUACUUAAGCAAUCUGAAAAUGGCAGCCACGAUACUGGAGAAGAACAAUCUAUUGGGCGUGAUUGAACCCAUCAAUCAGUAUUCCGUCCCGGGUUACUAUUUAUCAUGCUACGAAAAAGCCAUUGCCACACUGAAGCAAAUCAACAGCCCGCACCUGAAGUUGAUGUUGGACCUUUUUCACGCGCAGCACAUCCGAGGUGACCUAACGAACGCCAUCCGGAGUUACGCCCCCCAUAUCGGUCACGUGCAGCUGGCCCAGGUGCCCAGCCGUAACGAACCGGACACCGAGGGCGAAAUUAACUAUCCGUACGUGCUGCAUACCCUGGAAGCGAACGGCUACACCGACUGGGUGGGUUGUGAGUAUAAACCGAAGGCCGGCUCGGUGCAAGGGCUCGGCUGGUUGCGCGACUUUGGCUACUGGAGUCAGAAGUGAUCGAUACUGAUGAUGAAGUUUGCGCGUGCAUCCGCACGUGAACUUGACUUUCGGUUGUUCAGGUAAGAACAAACAGAACAGUUGUUAAUAUUUUAGUGGGGGAAAUAAAAGUUUUUGAAACGGGGGCUAGUCCGGUGUUGGUUAUAAAAGA